AUGCGUGCCGUAAUGGAGCCAGAGUCUCCUCUUGAAGAUGAGCGAUCGGAGGAGCUCUCAUCUAUUGCCGCAAUAUUUCCGGAAAUCAAUACCGAUCCGUCGUCCCCCUAUCGUGCCUCUUUGGGUAUCCCGGUAAAGCCUACGGCGCCGUUGAAUGUCUGCUUCUACCAGCACCCAGAUGUCGGCUUCCCUGCGGUCCUCACGCCUCCGACCUCCCUCGAUGCCAGUGAAGGUGGACUUGGAUCGAAGGCCAAACUCGACGAUGGUUCCACCGCGGAUGCAGAGAAAGACGUGCAUGUUCUUUCGCAUCUACCGCCUCUCGGCCUUGAAAUUGAACUGCCCGCGGGCUAUCCUUCGGAUAAACCUCCAAUUUUCAAGAUUAGUACGAAUCCGCAAUGGCUGCCUCUGUGGGCAGAGUCGAGGUUAUUGGACGACGGCAAGCGUCUCUGGGAAGAAAGUGGCCGGUCUCUUGUUGUGUUCAGCUAUAUAGACCACCUUCAGCAAUUAGCAGAAACGACGUUCGAUAUCGACGUUGAUUCCGGUGGUGAAGUGCGACUUCCGCGUGAACUGAAGAUUGCCCUACUGGACUUCAACAAUAAGGCCGAGCGCGAGAAAUUCGAGCAAGAAACCUUUGAGUGUGGAAUCUGCCUGGAACCAAAGAAAGGAGCGAAUUGCCAUCGCCUGCUAUCAUGUUCGCACGUUUUCUGCGUACCCUGUCUACAAGACUUCUAUAAUACCUGCAUUACAGAGGGAGACGUCGAAGGCGUAAAGUGCCUGGCUCCGGAUUGCGGAAGAGAGCAACCUACACCUGGCAUUACAAGCCAGAAGAGACGGCGCAAGCGAGAUCGGACGCUGAGCCCAUCGGAACUCCUGCAAAUACCGUUGGAGCAAGAAACAGUUCAGCGAUAUGUCUUCUUGAAACGAAAGAAGAAGCUCGAAGCUGACAAGACCACCGUAUAUUGUCCGCGAAAAUGGUGUCAAGGUGCUGCACGAUCGAAGAAACAUCCCAAACCCAUUGAUCCUAUGGCGGAUGACCUUGAUGACUCGGAUGAAGAAGAAGGCCUCGCGUUUGAUCCUUUGGGGGAAGAGAGUCAAUUACCACCCAUGGCGGACCGUGUUGCUAUCUGCGAAGACUGCAAUUACGCAUUCUGCUGCGUAUGUAAGAAAGGCUGGCAUGGAGAACUGGUACGGUGCUUUCCUAGACGAGAAGCAGAGCUAUCAGCAGAAGAAAAGGCAACAGAGGAGUAUCUCAAGUUAUACACAUCUGCGUGCCCAACGUGCGAUGCCCCUUGCCAAAAACGCAUGGGCUGCAAUCACAUGAAGUGUUUCAAAUGCGACACUCACUUCUGCUAUCUCUGCUCCAGCUGGCUCAUGGAAGCAAACCCUUACCAGCAUUUCAACGACCUUGCCAGCCCUUGUUUCAACCGACUUUGGGACCUGGAAGGUGGCGACGGCCUCAACCCCGAAGGCGCAGAAGCCCUACAUCGCGUCCCGGAUGAUAUCAUCUUCGACGACAGCAGCGACGAUGAAGAGAUACCACCAUGGGAAAUGGACGAGGAAGAAAAUGGGCCUCGAAAUGGAAGACGGCCUCCUCCACCAGCUCCAAUCCCACCCAGAGUUAAUCAGGCUGGAGCCGGAAACCGCGCACUCGGCCGCAAUGCCAAUGGUCUCGACGCAGCUGUUCGUUCAGCUGCCGCAGAACGACAAGCCCAAGCUCGCGCAAUGGCGGAGAUUCGAGCAGGCAGGGACGCUGAACGCCCUGAACAGGCCGCUGCUCGCCGUGCCGGUCUUCAACGGUUCCUAGACCUCGUACAAAACGACCGAGAAGACGAGUGGGACAGCGAUGAAUUAGAAGAGGGCUUCUAA